AUGUUUCAUCUAGCAUCGUCGUUGUACACUCAAUACACCAAAAGAGAGCAAUACAAUAUUCUUAUUUUAGGAUUGGACAAUGCAGGCAAAACGACAUUCUUGGAACAUUUGAAGUUAUUAUAUUCAUCCUCCACGGAAUCAGCAAACAAGAAUCAAUUAUCCAAGAACUCAACCACCAGUGACGACCAACCCCGAUCAACAUCAGAUGUGAUCAAAUCUAAACGGAUUUUACCCACAGUUGGUCAAAACACUACAACAAUAAAAUUCGAGUCCAAGGAUUCGGAUUCACCCUUAGCGUCACAAUUUAAAAACAUAAAUUUGAAAUUUUGGGAUUUAGGGGGACAGAAAUCAUUGCGGAAUAUGUGGUCCAGGUACUUUAAGCAAUGCCAUGGCAUCAUAUUUAUAAUUGAUUCUACUGAUACUGAAAGGUUUCAGGAAUGCUAUGAAACAUUGAUUGAUAUUGCACAUGACGAUAUUUGGAUGCAGAUUGACGACGACGACGACAACGACAACGACAACAGCAAUGUUGACGGAACAGUAAAUGUGCCAAUACUAAUGAUGGCAAACAAGCAAGAUCUACCGCAGGCUGUAGAUUUGGUUUCUCUCAAAACCGGGGUGUUUAUCAAAUUAGUCAGCGAAUUGGAAGCUACCGACUCAAAGUUAUUGCCAGUGUCGGUCUUGGAAAAUCAAGGAUUGCAAGAAAGUUUAGAAUGGUUAGUGACGCGAUUGAUUUACAACAAACGUAACAAAAAGCCUGAGUAUAAGUGA